AUGUUUUCUUUGCUGAUACAGGAUACAUUGAAGGAACCUACAGAGAAGGCCACCAUGAAGAAGGCCUCAAUAAUGGCAGUCUGCAUUUCCACAUUUUUCUACCUAUGCUGUGGAGGAUUAGGUUAUGCAGCCUUUGGCACUGAAACUCCUGAGAACCUCUUGGCAGGGUUUGGUUUUUACGAGCCAUAUUGGCUUCUCGACUUUGCUAAUGUAUGCAUUGCUGUUCAACUCUGUGGAGGAUAUCAGGUGUUCAGCCAGCCAUUGUAUGCAAUUACAGAGAAAUUGCUUCUCAAGAAACUUCCACAGAAUCACUUUUUUGUUAGGGAUUAUAAUCUGAAACUCAAUAAGCAUUUACCAGCUUUCAGAUUUAGCUUCCUGAGAGUGAUCUUUCGAACUACCUAUGUUGCUAUAAUCACUGGGAUUGCCAUACUGUUCCCUUACUUUAACCAGGUUGUGGGAGUUGCAGGAGCAAUAACCUUCUGGCCUAUAGUUGUGUACUUCCCAGUGGAGAUGUAUCUAAAGCAGAAAAGGAUUGAAUCUUGGACAACCAAGAAGAUUCUUCUUCGUACGUAUUCCUAUGUAUGCUUGGUGGUUAUCCUAUUUGCCCUUGUUGGUUCCAUCAGAGGUUUAAUUAUUGCCAGGCUCAGCUAGGACACUAUUUGGGCAUUUCAACUCUUCUUAAUACUUGUUACUUGUAGUUAUACACAUAACAGUGAUUUUGAAGUUUAAUUUGUAUUACUCUGCGGAUUAUCGAUGGAUCUGAACUCUUCCACUUUAUGUUUUCUUUGCUGGUUGUGUAAGUGAUCUUAAAAUUUUCUCCUCAA